AUGCCUCGACAGGCCCGUAAAAAAAAGAAAAGAGGUCCGGCCGGUGAUAGGGCCAUCGGCAGUGGUGACGUCGCCCAGGAGCUGCUAGCGCGACCCGAGGUGGACUGCAUCGCUGAUUGGGUGCUGGCCGGACGAGAGGGUGGUCGAAGGGAGCCUGGUCAGGCUGCUGGGGCGUGCUUCCCCGGCUUCUGGAUCCGGUUGCACCGGGUGGUUGUGCGAACCGCGAAGACGCCGCCACCCCUUUUCGAGGAGGAACAUGAAGCAGGGGACGAUGCACAUGAGUACGACGCCAACGAUCCCAACGAUGGCCUGGUGGUCGAGAGCCAUUUUCCGCAGCCUUUAUGA